AUGUCGCAAAUAAGUCAAAGCACACCAUCCAACCUGACUGAAGUUUACCCUGUGACAAGUUUGACCUUAGUUGUUCUCCUGCUCGUUCCCUGCGUGGUCGUUCUGCUGCUGCUGAACUGCCUCUUGCUGGGUUACAAGUUACUGAUCCUGUCAAAGAAGAACCGCAGACUGCAGCCAGGGCACACAGAAGGGAUGUAUUUGCGGUCUCCUCAGAGGGUCAGGCUGUCCGACGUGGCUUUCCCUUUGCGGCGGGACGGGAGGAGAGCUUAUUUGUCUCUAUCAGAGCCUGUCCUGCCGCAUCCUGUUACUUCUUCCAUGGCUUCAUCCAGGGAAAGGAUCGGGCUGGAUCACAGGAUCCGGCUUCUGAGGCCAGAUGGUGCCACCGGUUCACGGUCUCCGAGAGCCCCGAGCACCAUCCGGGCCACUUCUCCAGAGGCUUGUUUGACCCAGAGACUCGACCUGGCCUCCAGCUCACGGACCUACAGCCUCAGUAAAGCAGGCUGGUGCAAGAGUGCACCACUUUUACUGCAUGAUUCAGAGACUGAAACCAGAGUGAACCUCGUCCCGCCAAACUCUCCUAUGGAGACAGAAUUUGUGGGUCUGAUUAGGAGGAGCAGUACUUAUGAUAUGCUGGCAGAUGUGAACCCAGGCAUCACGAGGCGUGGGUUCGACAAAGCAGACAUGGAGUUCGAGUACACCAACCUGCCUUCAGAGACUUCCUGUCUGAACAUGUCUGCAGUGGGUCCUGGACUGGACAGUGACUUUGGAGCAAGUGCAGGGGUCUCCCUGCGGAUCCUGUCUGCAGACAGUGACGGCCUGUCCAAUGGAGUGCUGGCUUCAGCUCUGGAGUGGGAUUAUUAUGACCCCUGCUAUGUCAAACAGAAUAAUAUACCCAAACAUAAACAUCACAGACCUGCAAUCCACAUGAAACAGUACUGGGUGUAAUUAGUACUUUUAAUGUUCAUUUAUGUGUAUCACUUAUUUAUUCAAUUUCUUAAGUAUUUUAAGGGCUUCUUUUUUGUCUC